UUUUUAAAUCGCUGCAGAAACGUUCCACACUUUAGUCAAUUCAAAUUUUAAAAUUAUGUAUUCAAAAAUUCAUACAAAUUGUUUUUCUCUUUGAGCAGAUGAAUAUAACAAAAUCGAUUAAUUUUUUUAUAUACAGUUUUUACAAUGAAAUACAUAUCAACUCAUAUGUGCAAUCUAUCUAUUUAAUAUUUCCAUAAUUUAUGUUUUUUACAAUAUUUCGCUCAUUUAUUACAGCGUAUUAAUGUUUGAUGUCAUCGUUAAUUUUUUACAAGACGUAUGAGUCUAUUUUUAAUGCGUCAAAACAAUUCUGAUGCAACAUACAAGCGAUGUUAUACACAAAGGCAAUAAUGCGGCUUUGGGAAAGCGCUCACAGGCCGUAUCGUAUUCGUCAUCAAAGAAAACAACAGGAAACAAUGCGUGACAGUACAUUUCAAAUAGAGAUUCUCAAGUUCCGGGAUUGCGGUAGCGCCGAGAAUUAACAACCAAAGAAUUAACAACCUACAUAUUUUUCCCCAAAACGCCUAUACUCCUAUUAUUAGAGUAUUCAAUUUUUUAUACGUUUACAAUAAAAUCGAUCGUCCGUUUUGCUUUUUUAAAAUUCAAUUCCGCAAUUGGAUCACGAGGAGAGAUUCAUGGUUUGAGAAUCCCGGAUGCGGAGUGACGCACGAAGUUGGCGGCAUCGAGCGGCGGACAGGCCGGCGAUGAUUGGCGUGUAGAUGGCGUAGAUCCUCACGCUCGGCCAAUCGUGCCGCAACACGUGCUUGGCCGAAGCUGGUGACAGCCAAGCGUCGGUAUGUUGCGUCAGUUUAUUCGCGUCAGCCGCAUCGAACAGUGGUGGUGUGUCCAGGUUGGGUGUCGCGUCCGGGUUGACAUCAGAUCAGUCGCGAUUCGGGUUGAGUUCGGAUCUGUCACGCGGAGGCUCGAGGGCACCGGCGAUCGUCGCUGUUGAGAAGCUCAAGAGAUCGGGGCGAUACACCGAGAGGGAAAAAGAGUAAGACGCGUCGCGUCACGUCGCAUGGCGGAUUAUGAGCUCCAUGAAGAGCGUCAUCAUCACCCUGCCUAAGGGAGUGCCCAAGGCGAUCUCGAGGAACGGCGAGCCGUCGCGCAACGCGCUGCCCAAGCUCAACUUCACGACGUCGAUCCUGAUGGAUCAGAAGGCGAGGAUGGACGGCAGGAAGGUCGCCGCCGGCCAUCAGCAGGAGACGCGCGACGACGACGACGACGACGACGACGUCGCGACGCUCCUCGAGCCCGUGGACACCCGCGUGCGCGGCAAGAAACGCCGACUGGAUCACCUAACGUGGGAGGAGAAGCUGCAGCGAAAAAAACUGAAGAAUCGAGUGGCCGCCCAGACAUCGCGAGACCGUAAGAAGGCAAGAUUGGACGAGCUUGAGGAGACGGUGAGGACACAGAAGGAAAGGAACGAGCUGCUUACACAGGAAUGCGCGAGGCUGAGGUCACAGAACGAGCUGCUCAAGUCGCAAAACGAAUGGCUGUCGAAUGAAAAUAACAGGCUUACGAACGAGAGGGACGCUGUGAGAAACACGUUCACAGCAGAUCAGCAGCAACCGAUCUGCUCCGCCUGUCGGACCCGUGUCGACGGUGCUGUACCUUCGCUGGGAUCUGCAGUAUCCCCCAAUGACCCUCUGCCGCAGGGUGGGACAGCACGGUCGGCAUCGCGCCUGACGCGGACGCAAGAGACGGUCGCGCUGCUGAACUUCCUGACCCUCUAUCUCCUUUUGAGGAACUGUUCAGCGCUUUCGACAACGUCGACGCCGAGCGACUCGAAGAGCUGGCGGAAAGUCUUCUGCGAGAAGUCACCCCAGAAAUUGAAGCAAAUCCUCAUAGAUCAAAUGAACAAGUGUCCGUCAGCGAAGCUCCCGUUAAAAAAUCUGACCAUCCAGAAGCACUGGUGGGGCAGACAUCAGAAAAUGUGGAAGCCAAUCGAACCGGUGGAAGCAUAGCCGGCGCGCCGUCCACCUGUCUACGAAGUAGUACGUCCAACAAUUGGUUCCUCGCGGAUUGCGACGCGAGCGCGAAGUCGAUCAAGACCG